AUGUCCCCGUACCAACUUGUAUAUGGGAAGUCAUGCCAUUUGCCGGUACAGCUAGAACAUAAGGCUAUGUGGGCGCUAAAGAAGUUGAAUUUGGAUUGGGGUGCCACAUCGAAUCAGAGAGUAAUUGACUUCAAUGAGCUUAAUGAGUUUCGUCUAAGAGCUUAUGAAAGUUCAGCCUUGUUGCACUUGUUUCCUUGCAAGCUCAAGUCCAAGUGGACCGGGCCAUUCAUAGUCAGCCAAGUGUUCCCACAUGGAGCGGUCGAGCUCGAGAACAAUGAGGGAAAAAGUUUCAAGCUCAAGUCCAAGUGGACCGGGCCAUUCAUAGUCAGCCAAGUGUUCCCACAUGGAGCGGUUGAGCUCGAGAACAAUGAGGGAACAAGUUUCAAGGUAAACAGGCAAAGGAACAAGGUCUACAUGGGUAAAAAGGAGAAUGUGCAAGUGGUGGUUGAGGCCUACUAUCUUGAUGAAGUCUGA